CCCUAUACUGAGAAGAAUUCCAGAUAUCACCAAAAACACCAUGAGUAAUUCAGAACAGUUCUUAAGCAUAAAUGAUCACGACUUCACAAUGAGGCCUGGCUUUGGAGGUGAGGUUUUUUAACAGUGCUUUAUUGUGUGCCGUACAAAUCUAUCAUUAUCAUCAUCAUCAUCAUCAUCAACAACAUCCUACUGUACAGUUCACCGAUAUUUUCUGACACAUACUUUCAAUUCUUACUUAAUCAUGAUUUAUCGUAAAGGCAUUGUUAAAUUAUGCAUUGAUGUCGAUGACAUAUUUUCUGAAAAGUUAUAGCUGUUUUACUCAAGUGAAGAUAUGGCCCUUUAUCAGUUCUCAUAAACGGAUAUUGGAAGUGGAUGUACACGAUGUCUCGUGCUUCAGUGUGCCUUGAAUUGAUGACAUAACCAACUGGGAUUAUGUCUGCUGUGGGACAUUGUGAUUAAUUACACAGUAGCAGCACCAGUCUGGAGCUCAGGGUUUCCAUAACCCUUCUGUGACUUCCCUAAUCUGAAGACUUCUUGGGACCCAAAUACAGCUACUGCUUACUGAUGGAUCAAUCCCAAAACACCAGUAAAAUGAGAUGAAUUGGGUUGCAAUUUAAGUCCCAAAAUGAUUACGAUUCCAGAAGAAUCUAUACAGACAGUGAAUCGUAACAGAUGUAAACAUACAAAAUGCAGAAUAAUAAUUCCGCUGUGGCAUUUAAAGCCAAUGAAUAGUUGAUGUGUGAAUAUUUGGGGUUUUCUUCAAUCUGUUAGUCCAGUAGAUUUCAUUGCACAUGAAUUAAGCUGUCAUCAUCAUAUCUGGGUGGUUAAAGAAAAGUGUAGCCUAUUAAUUACAGUUCAAGUCGGAAGUUUACACACACCUUAGCCAAAUACAUUUAAACUCUUACAUUAAACCUUUAAUCCUAGUAAACAUUCCCUGUCUUAGGUCAGUUAGGAUCACCACUUUAUUUUAAGAAUGUGAAAUGCCAGAAUAAUAGUAGAGAGAAUGAUUUAUUUCAGCUUUUAUUUCUUUCAUCACAUUCCCAGUGGGUCAGAAGUUUACAUACACUCAAUUAGUAUUUGGUAGCAUUGUCUUUAAAUUGUUUAACUUGGGUCAAACAUUUCGGUUAGCCUUCCACAAUAAGUUGGGUGAAUUUUGGCCCAUUCCUCCUGACAGAGCUGGUGUAACUGAGUCAGGUUUGUAGGCCUCCUUGCUCGCACACGCUUUUUCAGUUCUGCCCACAAAGUUUCUAUAGGAUUGAGGUCAGGGCUUUGUGAUGGCCACUCCAAUACCUUGACUUUGUUGUCCUUAAGCCAUUUUGCCACAACUUUGGAAGUAUGCUUGGGGUCAUUGUCCAUUUGGAAGACCCAUUUGAGACCAAGCUUCAACUUCCUGACUGAUGUCUUGAGAUGUUGCUUCAACAUAUCCACAUAAUUUUCCUUCCUCAUGAUGCCAUCUAUUUUGUGAAGUGCACCAGUCCCUCCUGCAGCAAAGCACCCCCACAGCAUGAUGCUGCCACCCCUGUGCUUCACUGUUGGGAUGGUGUUCUUCGGCUUGCAAGCAACCCCCUUUUUCCUCCAAACAUAACGAUGGUCAUUAUGGCCAAACAGUUCUAUUUUUGUUUCAUCAGACCAAAAAGUACGAUAUUUGUCCCCAUUUGCAGUUGCAAACCGUAGUCUGUCUUUUUUGUGGUCCUCUGUAGCUCAAUUGGUAGAGCAUGGCGCUUUUGUAAUGCAAGGGUAAUGGGUUCGAUCCCCGGGACCACCCAUACGUAAAAAUUUAUGCACGCAUGACUGUAAGUCGCUUUGGAUAAAAGCGUCUGCUAAAUGGCAUAUUAUUUAUUCAUUAUUUUAUGGCGGUUUUGGAGCAGUGGCUUCUUCCUUGCUGAGCGGCCUUUCAGGUUAUGUCGAUAUAGGACUUGUUUUACUGUGGAUAUAGAUACUUUUGUAUCUGUUUCCUCCAGCAUCUUCACAGGGUCCUUUGCUGUUGUUCUGGGAUUGAUAUGCACUUUUCGCACCAAAGUACGUUCAUCUCUAGGAGACAGAACAGUCUCCUUCCUGAGCGGUAUGACGGCUGCGUGGUCCCAUGGUGUUUAUACUUGCGUACUAUUGUUUGUACAGAUGAACGUGGUACCUUCAGGCGUUUGGAAAUUGCUCCCAAGGAUGAACCAGACUUGUGGAGGUCUACCAUUUUUUUCUGAGGUCUUGGCUGAUUUCUUUUGAUUUUCCCAUGAUGUCAAGGAAAGAGGCAAUGAGUUUGAAGGUAGGCCUCGAAAUACAUCCACAGGUACACCUCCAAUUGACUCAAAUUAUGUCAAUUAGCCUAUCAGAAGCUUCUAAAGCCAUGACAUAAUUUUAUGGAAUUUUCCAAGCUGUUUAAAGGCACAGUCAACUUAGUGUAUUUAAACUUCUGACCCACUGGAAUUGUGAUACAGUGAAUUAUAAGUGAAAUAAUCUGUCUGUAAACAAUUGUUGGAAAAAUUACUUGUGUCAUACACAAAGUAGAUUUGCCAAAACUAUAGUUUGUUAACAAGACAUUUGUGGAGUGGUUGAAAAACAAGUUUUAAUGAUUCCAACCUAAGUUCAUGUAAACUUCCGACUUCAACUGUAUAUACUGUUUGUAGAGAUAUGAAUAAUACGUUGUAUUGCUAGCUCAUCGGAUACACAAACAAAAUUAGUGGUCCCUUUUGGAUACGCUUAAGGGAAAUGAAGACAGUUGCUUCUUUCAGCUGUCUGCAAUAUGACAUUUCAACCCAGGGCAGCAGAUUAUAAAAUGCACACACUAAAUAUUCUGAAGAGCAUUCCGCUAUUUUUUUAUUUUAGUUUUGGAACACUGUAGCCUAAUUGUGUUUUUUGCAGGGCUCUGGAUGAAAGGGACUAGAGGAGAAAAAGCUAAUUGUUUUUAAUAGAAUUGUCUAGAGAAAAAUUACCCUUAAAUACAGCUUCAUAGUCCAGACAGUUUAGUAUUACAGCAAUUUGGAGGUAUAAUAUUAGAUAGCCAUUGACCUUUUGUUUUUGUCUGUAUUUAAUUAAGUACUGUCAAGAUUACCCCUACUCCAAUAAUUAACUAUAUAAGUUAUUUAAGGAAACAAGCUACAUAAGAGUUAUCAUAUCUGAUUGGUUUUGUUUUUGUGCUGUCAAACAAUAUAUAUUUCUUAUCAAGUUUGUCGCAGGAUUUGCUGUGAUUAAUCGCGAUUUCUGUGAUUAAUUGUGAUUUCAGAAUUUGCUCAAAUUGAACUGUAAUUUAGGAUUUUUUAUAAACGAAAAACAUAAUAAGAAUAUUGACGUCUUGAUUUUUUCCAAAGUAACGGUAAACAAAAUCCGGUUUCUUUAACCUCAAUCUCAACUUGUUUUGACAUCGCGUUGUUGUUUUUAGCUGUAUAGAUUUAUGCAUUUUGGAUGGUUUCAGUUUAUUUGGAACACUGUUUUUUAAAUGAGUGCACUAAUAUUUAAAAAAUUGACCUUGAGUUAACUGAUUAACUGUGACCUCCCUAUGGAAUUUGUUUACUUAUGUAUUAUAUGUUUUCCUUUGAAUUAAGUUAAGAUUUGAGUUGUGUAUCUUUGCAGGACCUGCUGUUCCAGUUGGAGUUGAUGUUCAGGUAGAAAGUCUGGACACGAUCUCAGAAGUUGACAUGGUAAGUGUUUCAAUACUUUCUGUGAGCUGUGAUCUAAACCAAAAUAAAGCAUCCCAUGAUUAUAUGAUUUGGAAAGAAGAUGGCAAGACAUUAAUAUGUGAUGGCUCUGUUGAAAUACUAGCAUUGCCAUGCUUUGUGUUUCAGGACUUCACCAUGACCAUGUAUAUUAGGCACUACUGGAAAGACGAGCGCCUCUCUUUCCACAGCACAACCAAUAAGAGCAUGACCUAUGACGGGCGCCUGGUCAAGAAGAUCUGGGUGCCAGACAUGUUCUUUGUCCACUCCAAGAAGUCUUUCACACACGACACCACCAAAGAUAAUGUCAUGCUGAGAGUCUACCCUGAUGGCAAGGUGCUCUACAGCCAAAGGUAAUUCACCUGGUCAGAGUCGAACAUUAGUUUUGUUCUUUGCUCCAUGGUUGACCACUGGCGCUCAGUUUAAAGCAUACUGGUGUAAUGGAAGAGGUUUAGUGAAACACACUUCCGUGAUGAUGAGUAACCUUGCCUGAGACUGGAAGACUCACUUGCCUUAAUAAUAAUGGAUUGGAUUUAUAUAGCACCUUUCUACCUACAGAGGUACUCAAAGCGCUUUAGAUAGUAAGAGAGAAAUUCACCUCAUCCAGGGGCGGCUCUAGCCUUUUGGGGGCCCUAAGCAAGAUUUGGUUGGGGGACCCCCCACCUACAUUUUACCCCCCUUGGCAUUUUUCCUAUUUUGUUGCCUUACAACCUGGAAUUAAAAUUGAUUUUUGGGGGGUUUGAAUCAUUUGAUUUACACAACAUGCCUACCACUUUGAAGAUGCAAAAUACUUUUUCUUGUGAAACAAACAAGAAAUAAGACAAAAAAACAGAAAGCUUGAGCGUGCCUAACUAUUCACCCACCCCAAAGUCAAUACUUUGUAAAGCCACCUUUUGCAGCAAUUACAGCUGCAAGUCUCUUGGGGUAUGUAUCUAUAAGCUUGGCACAUCUAGCCACUGGGAUCUUUGCCCAUUCCUCAAGGCAAAACUGCUCCAGCUCCUUCAAGUUGGAUGGGUUCCGCUGGUGUACAUUCAAUCUUUAAGUCAUACCACAGAUUCUCAAUUGGAUUUGUUUUUAUAACCCAACCCAGAUAUGUACUUCUCCACAACUUUGUCCCUGACCUGUUUGGAGAGCUCCUUGGUCUUCAUGGUGCCGCUUGCUUGGUGGUGCCCCUUGCUUAGUGGUGUUGCAGAUCCUGGGGCCUUUCAGAACAGGUGUAUAUAUACUAAGAUCAUGUGACAGAUCAUGUGACACAGAACGCACACAGGUGGACUUUAUUUAACUAAUUAUGUGACUUCUGAAGGUAAUUGGUUGCAACAGAUCUUAUUUAGGGGCUUCAUAGCAAAGGGGGUGAAUACAUAUGCACGCACCACUUUUCUGUUAUUUAUUUUUUAGAAUUUUUGGAAACAAGUUAAUUUUUUCAUUUCACUUCAUCAAUUUGGACUAUUUUGUGUAUGUUCAUUACAUGAAAUCCAAAUAAAAAUCCAUUUAAAUUACAGGUUGUAAUGCAACAAAAUAGGAAAAAUGGCAAGGGGGAUGAAUACUUUUGCAAGGCAAAAGGAGCAAUUAGGGUUAAGUGUCUCAAUCAAGGGCACAUAGACAGGUUUUUCACCUAGUGGGCCCAGGGAUUCAAACCAGCAACAUUUCAGUUACUGGCCUUAACCGCUAGGCUACCUGCCGCACAUAGGGCUCUGGUCAAAUGUAGUGCACUUAAUAGUUUGCCACCUCGCAGAAAAACAUUUUAGUGGGCCCCCUCUUGACAGUGAAGAUACAUACUUUAGAUUUAAAGUUAAUUUCCUGCAAUUCUAUACAUUUUGCCAUUGGGCAUAGAGAGAAUUCUACAGUUUUAUUGCUAAUUUCCUGCAAUUUUCCUGCAAUUUCCUGUAAUGACUAAUGCCAUGUUAAUAUGAUCUGAGUGAGAAUGACUAACCAAAUCAAUGGGGGCUCCCUGGAGGUAUGCCUGCGUGCCCGAUUGGUAUUCAGUCAUGAUUAAGAUAGCUGGCUAGACUAAAUACUGAUCUAACAAUUGUUAGAUGACAUGGCUAAUUGAGUGAAUGUCAGUGACAGACAUAAUAAGAGAAAAACGAAUUAUGCACACAUUUUGAAAUCGCACCUGGUGUAUUCUACUAUUCUUACUCCCAAUAGUAAGUUGAGACCCCACUGAGUUCAUAAAAAAAUAAAAUGUUUUUGGUCAGGGCCCCCUAGUGGCCCGGGGGCCCUAAGUGACCAUUUAUGUCGCUUAUGCCUGGAAUCGGCCCAGACCUCAUCCAACACCAAGGCUUUAGCUCAGCAGAUACCUUUGUGAACUGUAGUGAGUACAGUAGCUAGUUACAUAAAAUAAUUCCAGAAAAAGCCUACAAAUGAUGGGUGAAAUCUACUUUGCUAGGUCUGAUGACUAUUUGGAAUGGAAUCAACAGUGUGUGGUGUUGUAAGCGCUAGUCUUUGCCAACUGGCAGUUUACCCUCAAAGUGAUUUCAUUAAGCAAAUCACAUAGCUGCCGGCUGAGGCAGGCUAAAUUCAAACCUUCCAUUCUUUUUUUUUACCCAUGAGCAAUUUGCAAAUGAAAAAGUGCUGUCAUGCUGUUAUUGUUGGAUCAGGGUCCUGGCCAAGUGUGUCUAUAUAUUUAUCUUGACCAAAUAGAGGUGCACCUUGUAUCAUGACAACAUAAUUGAAUGGAUGUGGUGAGAAACUGUUUGUCAGUAAAGUAUAGUCAAGCUGCAGGCAGAAAGUGAGUUUGUAAUUUUGGUGAGUAAUCAGAAUGCUGGAACCAAGUGAGACACUGAAUUUGUAAUCCACAGUUGGUCCAUUUGAGAGUUUUGUCAGCAAGUCAGUAUCAAGAUGUCUAUUUCAGUAGCGCCCUCUGCUGGCAAUCAGAACACACUGCGUACAGUCUUCUUGACACCUGUGGAUACGAAAAGUCAUUACCACUUCCAUCACUGGUGGUGUCAGCGAUCAUGCUCCCAAGACUCUGGUUUUGGGUCUGUGAAGUCUGCCCUGGUAGACACGCAGGCCGUCUGUAAUCCCAAUCUUGCGGUGGAUUAUAGGAUUUCUCUGUCAUUACGGAUGUAUAGGACGUGGAGGGACAGGGUGGUGUGUGUUCUACUUUAGAUACCAUGCAGGCUCAUCAGUAGGGUUAAUCUCUCCGGGGGUUGGACUAGAGAUUUGACAGAUUGGGAGGGGGAUUAACUACCUGUGUACUAUACGUGGACCUCCCUCCCAGAGGAUCCUGUGUAGCGGUGGGUCUCUUCUAUACUGAGCUGGAUUAUCUCUUCUAUUUUCAUGUAUUCAUCCCUGCCCUGGGGGCUCCAAAUCUCCUCAAACAACUGACUCUGUGUAUACUGUAUGUGUCUGAAAUAUGAUAUACAACAACACAUUCACCCAUACCCCCCAGCCGUAACCUAUUUCUCAUUGCAUUAUUGUAUUAUACUACAUGGCUCAGUGUAUUUCUUGACCUAUAGGACAGUCCCUCCAGGAUUCUGCGAUCUUAUCAUUAUAAAAAAAGUUUUUGCAACAAUUCCGCAUAUUAUGUGAGGGCUUGCUAAUUUGACCAAUCACUGCACUAUUUCUGCAUAAAACAGUCAAAUCAUCGCAAUAUAAUCGCAUAAAACUAAACCAUCACUGCAGUACAAAAAGAGGGCUCACAAUUUCAACCAAUCACCACACAUUUACCCCAUAAUAUGGUUCAAUCAAGUCACACGUCAACAAACUUUUUCCCUUGUGUCACGCCCUGGCUCUGGGGACUCUUAAAUGUUGAGCCAGGGUGUGGAGUUUCUAUGUUGUAUUUUCUAUGUUGUGUUUUCUAGAUCGUGUGGAUCUAUGUUGGCCAGGGUGGUUCCCAAUCAGAGGCAGCUGUAACUCGUUGUCUCUGAUUGGGGACCAUACUUAGGCAGCCUGUUUGGCACUAGUCGGUGUGGGAUCUUGUUCCGUAAAGGUUUGUUUUGUGUAACCUAGGACUUCACGUAUCGUUUGUUUGUUGUUUUGUCGUGAGUUAAGUACUAAAUAAAAUGUACGCUUAUCACGCUGCGCCUUGGUUCCACAAAUCUUUAAACGAUCGUGACAGAAGAUCCCACCAAAAGAGGACCAAGCAGCGUGUCCAGGAACAGACAGCCUGGACCUGGGAGGAGAUCCUGGACGGGAAGGGAUCCUGGACUUGGGAGGAGAUUCAGGCCGGAAUGGAUCGCCGUCCUUGGGAGGAGACUGUGGUGGCGCGCUAUAGAGAGGAGCAGCGGCAACGCAGAGGGUACCGGCCGAGGAGGAAGCCCGAGAGACAGCCCCAAGAAAUGUUUUUGGGGGGGCUAAAAGGGUGGUUGGCGGAGCCUAGGGUUAGAGCAGAGCCAACUCCCCGUACUCAGGCUAGGAAGCGUGUGACUGGGCAGGCUCCGUGUUAUGCGGAGCCACGUACUGUGCCGCGAGUGUUCCGGCACAGCCCUGUACGUCCUGUGCUAGCACCACGCACGUGUCGUGCAAAGAUGGGCAUUCAGCCAGGACGGGGUGUGCCGGCUCAAUGCUCGUGGUCUCCAGUACGCCUCCUCGGUCCCGUAUAUCCUGCACCAGUGCCACGUGCUGUAGCGCCAGUACGAGUGCACAGCCCCGUACGUCCUGUGCUGAUGCCUCACACGUAUUGUGUGGAAGUAGGCAUUCAGCCAGGACGGGUUGUGUCAGCUCUCCGCUCCAGACCUCCAGUCCGCCUCCACAGUCCGGCACGGCCCGUUCCGGCUCCCCGCACCAAGCCAGUGGUGCGUGUUCCCAGUCCAGCCCGGCCUGUUCCUGCUCCCCGCACCAAGCCAGUGGUGCGUGUUCCCAGUCCGGUCCGGCCUGUUCUUGUCCCUCGCGCCAAGCCAGUGGUGCGCGUCGCCAGCCCGGUCCGGCCUGUUCCUGCACCUCGCACCAAGCCAGUGGUGCGCAUCGCCAGCCCGGUCCGGCCCGUUCCUGCUCCCCGCACCAAGCCAGUGGUGCGCGUCGUCAGCCCGGUCCGGCCCGUUCCUACUCCCCGCACCAAGCCAGUGGUGCGCGUCGUCAGCCCGGUGCGGCCCGUUCCUGCUCCCCGCACCAAGCUAGUGGUGCGCGUCGUCAGCCCGGUCCGGCCCGUUCCUGCUCCCCGCACCAAGCCAGUGGUGUGCGUCGUCAGCCCGGUCCGGCCCGUUCCUGCUCCCCGCACCAAGCCAGUGGUGCGCGUCGUCAGCCCGGUCCGGCCCGUUCCUGCUCCCCGCACCAAGCCAGUGGUGCGUGUGUCCAGUCCGGCACGGCCCGUGCCUGUUCCACCGGUGCCUGGUCCGGCACCGGUCAGCUGCUCCACUCCGGAGCCAGUGCAAUCCGCUCCACCAGGGUCCAGUCCAACUCCAGUCAGCGGAUCCACUCCGGAGCCAGAGCAAUCCGCUCCACCGGUGCCCAGUCCAGCUCCAGUCCAGAGCCUGUACAGAUCGAUCCACCGUCGUCGGGUCCAGCUCCAGUCAGCGGUGCCAGACCAGACCAGGGGCGCAACGGGGAGGUGGAGAGAAAGUGGUGGUCACGCCCGGAGUCGGAUCCGCCUCCGAGGCGGAAUGCCCACCCGGCCCCUACCCUGUUGUGUUUGUGUGGCGCGGUCGCAGUCCGCGCCUUUGGGGUGGGGUACUGUCACGCCCUGGCUCUGGGGACUCUUAAAUGUUGAGCCAGGGUGUGGAGUUUCUAUGUUGUGUUUUCUAGAUCGUGUGGAUCUAUGUUGGCCAGGGUGGUUCCCAAUCAGAGGCAGCUGUAACUCGUUGUCUCUGAUUGGGGACCAUACUUAGGCAGCCUGUUUGGCACUAGUCGGUGUGGGAUCUUGUUCCGUAAAGGUUUGUUUUGUGUAACCUAGGACUUCACGUAUCGUUGUUUUGUCGUGAGUUAAGUACUAAAUAAAAUGUACGCUUAUCACGCUGCGCCUUGGUUCCACAAAUCUUUAAACGAUCGUGACACCUUGUCAGCGCAUUCAUGACAAAUUGGACAAAAUCAUUGCAUUUUGCCAUGCAAAAUGUCAGAACUGCCGCAACAAAAUCAAGCACAAAUAAACCCUGUGAAAACCUGGAGAACGACUCAUUUUAGCCUGAGUGCCAGUGUGUUUGUGCUACAAUGUCAACUCCUUGUCACUCAUUGUCAUGCCAAACAUUGGCUUGACAAUGACAGCAAUGACGCUGGCAAAAGCACAAACAGAUCUGGGACCAGGCAAUACUGAGAUGUCUGUGUUGUGUUCUCAUGCAGGGUGACAGUGACAUCAAUGUGCAGCAUGGACCUGAGUCGCUUCCCUCUGGACACACAGACCUGCUCCCUGGAGAUUGAGAGCUGUGAGUCUGCUCAGAUUAUGUCACUUCCCUUUUGAUUCCCUCUCUGCUGUCAUAUUCAAAUCAUAAUAUAAUGUACCUGUUCAUAGACUCUGUUUCAAGUGGUGAACACUGAACAGCAUGCCCCUUUCUUUUCAGAUGCGUACACGGAUGACGACCUGAUGCUCUACUGGAAGAAAGGGAACAAUUCCCUGAGCACUGACGAAAAUAUCUCCCUCUCCCAGUUCCUCAUCCAGGAGUUCCAAACCACCACAAAACUAGCCUUCUACAGCAGCACAGGUACAGCACCGAAGGCUGACACAACACAUGCUGUUCACUGUGAUUUAUCAAGGUUGGGUUUCUGUUAUGCUAAUGAAAUGCAUGCACUGCAAUGGAUAUAACAUAUGUCAUAAUCUUAUCCUCUUCCCUCCAGGCUGGUACAACCGUCUGUACAUCACCUUCACCCUGCGACGCCACAUCUUCUUCUUCCUGCUCCAGACCUACUUCCCUGCCACUCUGAUGGUCAUGUUGUCUUGGGUUUCCUUCUGGAUCGACCGCCGGGCCGUACCGGCCAGGGUUCCUCUGGGUGAGUUAGCCCCUAGUAGUCCAAGAUUUUAGUCAACGCUUGUUCGAAGCUUAUUAUGAUUCUGUCUUCUACUGUAUUCAUGUUUCAUUAUUACAAAGCCUAAACACCGCUGAUAUUCUGCCUUCAGUAGCCUAUCCUGCUGUGUCCCUAAGUUUUAAUCUUUCUGAUCAGACAUUGUGUGUUGUACUGUGCUCCAGGUAUCACCACAGUGCUCACCAUGUCCACCAUCAUCACUGGAGUCAACGCCUCCAUGCCCAGGGUUUCCUACAUCAAAGCUGUGGAUAUUUACCUCUGGGUCAGUUUUGUGUUUGUUUUCCUAUCGGUGAUAGAGUACGCUGCAGUGAACUACUUGUCUACGGUGCAAGAACGGAAGGAAAAAAAGCUAAGAGAAAGGGUAAGUGCCAUUAUAAUAAUCCAUAGAUCCAAAGUGUCAGUUUCUCAGCCUGUAAAAUAUGCUCUGGGAAGAGUUUACCAUUCAAAUUCCUCUGGAAAAAGUGUAGGCUAGAUCUAUACAUUAUGUGCUUGUCAGAUGGAAAAUGUGAGUACUGUAGCUCUGUAUCUAACCCAAUCUCUGUGUCUGUCUACAGCUGCCCUGCACCUGUGGCAUGACCCACCCGGGCAUGAUGGGUAGCUACAGCGAGGAGGACGUCAACAACACGGGGAACUACGGCUGUAUGCUUGAGGAGAAUGGCGCCAUGAAGCAGCAGAGGAUGAUGGUCCAUCUGGACAUUGAGGAGAACGACCAAAUCACAGGACACGUGGGCUCCAGUGCCUACAGCAGCAUGUGGGUCGACACCCACGCCAUAGACAAGUACUCCCGGGUCAUCUUUCCUGGGUCUUAUACUCUGUUUAAUAUAAUCUACUGGUCCUGCUACCUC